UUGAGUGUCGGUCAAAGUGUAGUUGAACCAGUACUGACUGCUUCCGAGCGGCUGAGACUUUAACAUUUCUCCGCAAUGACAGCACGAAAUAUAUCUCGGUUUUGGGAAUGGGGGAGAAAGAUUAUUUGUGUUGGGAGAAAUUAUGCGGACCACGCCAAAGAGCUGAAAAAUGCGAUUCCCACAGAGCCCGUCCUGUUCCUGAAGACCCCUUCUGCAUAUGUAAGAGAGGGCUCCCCGAUUCUGGUGCCCCUGUACACCAGCAACCUGCACCAUGAAGUGGAGUUAGGAGUGGUGAUCGGGAAGGGGGGCACGGCCAUCCCUCAGUCCGCCGCUAUGGAGCAUGUUGCAGGGUACGCCCUGUGCUUGGACAUGACAGCCCGGGACAUCCAGGACGAGUGCAAGUCCAAAGGUCUGCCCUGGACCCUGGCCAAAGCUUUCAAUACCUCCUGCCCCGUCAGUGAGUUCAUCCCCAAAGAGCGCAUCCCUGACCCGGGCAACGUCAAACUGUGGCUGAAGGUGAACGACCAGCUGCGGCAGAGCGGCUGUACCUCUCAAAUGAUUUUCUCCAUCCCCUAUCUCAUCAGCUACAUCAGCGACUUCAUCACCCUGGAGGAGGGGGAUCUCAUCCUGACCGGGACCCCUAAAGGAGUCUCCGCCGUGCAGGAGCAUGAUGAGCUGCAGGCUGGGAUCGAGGACGUAGUUACUAUGAGCUUCAGAGUUGACAGACGAGACCAGUAGUGAAAAGAUGAGACAUAAGAAAUUCUCAGAUUCAUGAGAAGAGAGUGAUUUUACUGGAAACUUGAAUUUUAAUUCUUUUAAAUAAUUUUCAGUCCUUGUGUUGAUCAGCAGAUGGCAGUGCAGCGCCAGAAAGACCAUAUUCCUGAGGAGUUUAAUGCUGCCUUGUCAAGUGUUUGAGUUCAUAAAAAACAGUUUUGGUUACAUUGAUUGAUCUCAGCGUCAUCAUCAUCAUCAUCAUCAUCAUCUUUACUGUAUCUCAGCCCAACGAUAUGAAAAUGAUUUAUCACACGAUGAUGCUGUCUUUGUUUUUGAUAACAAAUGGUGGAAGAACUAUUCAGAACUUUUACUCAAAUACAAGAUGCAAUAAUAUGUUGUAAAAUAUUUUCACAUAAAUAAACUGCAUUCAAAAUUUAAGUAAAAGUAUGAUUGUAUCAUCUAGAAAAAGGUCAAUGUUAUUAUUGGAGAAUGGCCUCUGUCAGUGUUAUAUGUUAUUGUAUGUAACAUUAUUAGAUCAUCGUUGUUAUGAUAAUGAUUGUUAAUGCAUUACAGUAUGAGUAGCAACUAAUUUGAGCCAUUUUAUAUGCUGUGUAUACUGAAUUAAAUACAGUGGUGGGAGUACACAAAGUAUCAGUACAACAGUAUAAUGCUCUGUUACAAGUUAUUAAGUGUUUCAUUGAAUUACAAAGUACUAGGAGCUAUUUAAAGUAUCAAAAGUAGAGGUGGUCCUUAUCCAGAAUGACCCAUUUCAGACUAAUAUAUUUAUAAUUGCAUUCUUUAAUGUCGAGGCUGAUAAAUGAUGCUCAUUUUAAACUGCUGAAUAGGUUAAUCUAUAAUAAUACAUCCGAAUUUACUUGUUGAUUAUAUUUUUGCAUUAAUAAUCUGAAUAAGUAACUACAGUUUUAAAUAAAUGUAGUGUAGUAAAAAGUACAGUAUUUCCCUCUGACAAAAGCAAUAGAUGGAUACUUGAAGGUGGAG